UCAUCGUCGUCCACCUCCGACCGACGGCUAUGAAGGCCGCCGCCUCCCCGCUCCGCGCCGCCCUCCUCCUCUUCCUCUCCUCCUCGCCGUCCCCGCGUCUCGCGCUCCCCAUGAACCCCUCCUCCUCCUCCUCCUCCCGCGGCGCCGCCUCCUACCACUCCAAGGCCGCCGCCUUCGCCUCCCCGCAGCCUCGCGGCGGCGGCGGCGGCCGAGGGGGGCGACGCGGCGGCGGAAGAGGCCGCGGCGGCGAUGGGAGCGACCGCAUCGACGCCCUCGGCCGCCUCCUGACGCGGAUCUUGCGGCACAUGGCGUCGGAGCUGAACCUGGAGAUGAGGACCGACGGCUACGUGCGGGUCCGCGACCUGCUCAAGCUCAACCUGCAGACCUUCGCCAAGAUCCCUCUCAAGUCCCACACCGUCGACGAAAUCAAGGAGGCGGUUAGACGGGAUAACAAGCAGAGGUUUGGUCUGUUGGAGGAAGAUGGUGAGCUGCUGAUUCGAGCUAACCAGGGCCACACAGUAACGACUGUUACUUCAGAGAGCUUGUUGAAACCCAUUCUAUCAGCAGAUGAAGUCUCUGUUUGUGUGCAUGGAACAUACAGGAAGAACCUCGAUUCAAUCUUGCAUCAGGGGCUAAAACGAAUGGCAAGGUUACAUGUACAUUUCUCAAGUGGCUUACCGACAGAUGGGGGAGUUAUUAGCGGUAUGCGGCAGAGUGUUAACAUCUUGAUAUAUUUGGAUGUCAGUAUGGCACUGCAAGAUGGAAUGAAGCUGUACAUUUCAGACAACAAGGUGAUUCUGACAGAGGGUUUCGAUGGCGUUGUUCCUGUGAAGUACUUCGAGAAAAUUGAAACAUGGCCAGGGAGAGCACCGAUACCAUUUGAAAAAUAGAGAACACUGUUGUAAUUUUGCUCAUGCGUAUAGCGAUCUACUUCUUCAGUUCAUGGGAAUUGUGCCCUGAAAGGCCGAAAGAAAUGUAAUUUUGCAAACAAGUUUAGGUUAUGCUCGUUUGAGAAAUGGAGAGGUAGACAUUGUUGUGAAGCUUCAGUAAGCUGUUCUUAAUGUUGAUUGGGUCAAUGGCUCCUCCAGUUUAUCCAAUUCCAUCUUUGCAGUUACUACUAAUCUUGUAACUGAGUAUAUUGCAAUACACAAUUGGCUACGACUGACGAUUUAUGUUGUUGUAUGGUCCAUCAGAUUCAGAUUUCAAUAGUUCAGAUGCAAUUUGCAUU